CUUCUCACUCCUUCUAGCCGUCGAUCCUGUGUAUUGCAUAAAUUUAAAACGCCCGCGGCGUAUAAUCAAGCAUGUUCAUACAAACAAUCUUGCAGUUUUUGCUCAUUACACAAGAGUAAAUUUUUGUCCCCGUCAAUUUCAAAGAUCUUGACAUCUUACCGGCUUUGAUUCAAUACUACCACCAUCACGAUAAACAAAAGAAUGAGGACAAUGAAAGAAACUUUUAUACAACAAUCACCAUAGCAAUCUCUUUCUCUUUCAUCAAUUCAACAUGGCAGCUCUUUUGGGCGUCAAUUUUGGCAGUCAAAAACAUGCUUACUUUCAAACGAGAAUCACAAUUCAUGAAUUAACAAAUGUGCCAAUGGUUGCAGGCCAAUUUAAAGCAAAAUGGAAAGUUGAACAUACCCAUAAUCUGGCUUCGGCAAUCGCUUCAGCAACAGCUGCAGCUUCUUCUUCUUCUUCGGCAAAUCCGUCUACAAGCACAACAGCUCCAGAAUCAAAGCAAUUCCAUCAUCUAGCUCAUAAAAAGAGUACAAGUACCCUUAGCAGUUCUUUCGAUCGCGAUGAAAGUGGUAGCAUUGAUUCCGGUUCCAUAAGACGAGCACAUCACAAAGGCGGAGAUGAUGCUUCCUCCACGUACAGCAACAAUACCAAAAGCGAUCGAAAAGGAAGCUAUCGAAUCUUUUCCGGCAUUAGGGACGCCCUGAGACCACAUUCAUCCUCACAAACGUCGCCAGCAAGUUCGAAAAAGAGUAAGACUCCAAGAGAUAGCCAAGAUACAAGACGAUCGAUGGACGUGAAAAGCAAUGAUGGCGACGAUGGCUCAGAAGAAGCUUCUGAAGUUUUGACUGAUUAUCAUCAUGGUCGUGAAUCAUCUCAACAGAGCAACUCAAGCAAUGGCAAUCAGCAUCACAGCCAUCACCACAACCACGGCAUAGGGAACAAUCAUCCACGUGGUGAAACUUCAAGCUCACCCGUAAAGGAUAGCAGGGUGGUAUGGGAAAAGCAGCUUGAUGUUGGUGUAAGGUUCAAUGUUGAGAAGCCCAGGAAUGUUUCAGGUGGAUCACACUCUGGAACUACACUAAAUGAGCAAGCGGCAAUAAAGUCUUCUCGAUCGACAGACGCUCCGAUGCGUAGAUCGGCAAGUCAAAGGGAUGUGCUUGCAAAUUCGGCUGGCAUUCUACAUCAUGAUGGCAGUGGAUCAAAUACUUCACACGAUACGUCUGGUUGGGGUAUGUUGGCUUCAUCUGAAUUGCGCAUCUCCGUCAGAGCAGAUGUACCGACAGGCAUCGAAGGCAAUCAUGCUGAUCAUCAAACAAUGAUGAAAUUCGGUCAUGUUUCGAUCAAUUUGGCAGAAUUUGCACCUCAUCCACAUCAUCAUCAUCAUCACCAUCACCACUAUCACACGACACAUUCGGAACACCAUCAUCACCAUGUUUUGAGCAGAACGGAAACCAGAAGAUACCUGCUUUUGGAAGGUCCGACGAACGCAACAGUAAAAAUCACUGUUGAAAUGAAACAUGUAGGUGGGACGCGAGAGUACCAAGUACCUGCCAAUAGACGUGGCUUAUUGGUCGGAAGUCUUGUACCUACCUUGGAAGGCUCUUCUCCGACAGGAAGCAAGGGACCUUCAAGCUCCGCAGGAUCGGAAGCAGAUGAUGGAUCGAGCUCAAACGGCGGCAGCGCUGACCAGCCUAGCUCAGAAACACAUGGUGGCGGUCGAUCUACGAGCGUGACAAAAGCUCUAAGUGAUUGGAGUCCACACAGUGUUGCAAGACAUUCUCGUAUCCCAGAAGAAAACCUUCGCACGAAGCUAUCACACAAAGAUACAGCUCGUGCUGUAAAGGAAAGAGGUGGAGGCGGUAGAUUGGCCUUCUCAUUUGCAGCAGGUGCUCAUCAUGAUCGGCCACCAGAAUCGGUGAUCGAUUCAUUAUUUGAUUCAAACAUGCUCACGCCAACACCUAGCAGAGAUGAAAAGUCAUCUUUGCACCAACAACAGAAAAAGGGACAGGAUAAAUCAGAACAAACACCUAAAGCACGGGAUAUGGCUUCCAAGCAAUUCAGCAAUGCCGGUCAGUCAGCCAGAAGUCAUAACUCUUCCGCUUCAUCCAAAUCGGGCGGCGUCCGAUGGGACUUGAGCACCGAGAAGGCAAAGUCUAGCUCAAGUUCUAUUCCCGAAUCUGGGCCUGACGAGCAAAACACUAAAUCGACAAAAGCCUCUUCCGAUUCUGAACCAAAUUCUGGACCAAGCACAUCGAAUCCUUUGUCCUCUUCGCGUAGAAAGGAAGAACAUGAUACCAAGACGUCUGGUGAAGAUAAAUAUCGUACAUCCGUUCAACUUCAACCUCCUCAAACACCACCUGACGUCGUUAGAAAUGAAGAAUUGUCCAAAGCACAUCCAGCACUAGUUUAUCCAACGCCUUGGUCUGAAACAUCGACGGCAACGGAAACGCCCCCGACAACGCCAUCCUUGAACAAGAAACAAUCGAGAAGAACGCUAGGAUUGACAAAAGAAUCAGCAAUGAUGGCUGGCUAUAGAGGAGCAGGUUGGGGCACGCUAGAAUUAUCAAAGCAUGGCAGCAAUCUUUCUAUUGAUAGUAGCGAUAGCGGAAGUGAACAAGGUAAUCAUUCACUUCAUAAUCAUCAUAGAUCUCCUACUUUUGCUUAUUUGCACGAUCGAACUCGAAGUCCUUCACCUUCGCCACUUCAACAACUUGCACACUAGAAGAAAAAGAAAAAUCGCGAUUUUUCUUUUUCUUCUUGUAUUUUUAUCAUAGUUUCGGUUUGCGAUUCAAUAUUGUACUUGUUCCGUAUGUCUCUCAUGCCAUUUAAUUGAUCAAUUGCAUUUCGAUCAAGCUUAUCUAUCUGGCAUUGUUGCAAUCACGUUUCUUUGUUCUUCUGAUAAAUCGAUAUCUGCUUUGAUCGCAGAAGCGAAACAAGGAACGAUUAAUAAAAGGACAAUGACUGAAGUUGUAACAACGAACAAGCGCAUAAAAACAACAAAUUGAUGAUAAUGCUCGUCUUCCAUUAUGUACAGAGCGUAAGAGAUGGAGAGCUUGGGGAAGAAAGAUGAGCUUUUCAUAAGGCUGUUUAUAUCUCAGGAA